GGUGUCAUUUGCUCCAUAUUACCAAAGAAUCCACUUUUCCAUCAAAACCUGAGCUCUCAGCCUUGCACUAAGAUGCAGGAAGCCAAACUACCCUCCUUUUCCAACUAUGGACUGCAGUGGUGUUUCAAGCAGCUAGGAAAGGAAGAAUUUCAGACAUUUAAGGAAUUGCUCAUGGAAAAUGCUUCAGAACUGGCAAUGUGCUCUUUUCCAUGGGUUGAAGUAAACAGUGCCAGUGUGGAACAUCUAGCCUCCCUGUUGCAUGAGCAUUAUAGAGAAUCUCUUGCCUGGAAAAUAUCUAUUCACAUCUUUGAAAAGAUGAACCUGUCCAUACUCUCUGAGAAGGCAACGAAAGAGAUGAAAAGGUAUUCACUGGCUGAAAUGCCAGAAAAUUCUACAAUGAAGAAUGACCAAGAACUGAGCAUGAAAGAAGUACCAGAAAUUUCACAAGCUAUAGAACAAGAUGGUGCCACAGCAGCAGAGAUGAAAGAACAAGGUAAUACAGGGGACUACAAGAGUCACGUGAUGACAAAAUUUGCUAUGAAGCUGGACGCACACCAUGGUGUUGACAACUUUGCCUUUGACUGUCCAGAAAUGCAAAUACUGUUUGAUGCUUUUAAUCCAGACCAGAGGGGCUUCCGGCCUCACACUGUGGUUUUGCACGGGAAAUCAGGAAUUGGGAAAUCAGCUUUGGCCAGAAAGGUCCUGCUGUACUGGGCGCGAGGUGAACUCUACCAGGAAAUGUUCUCCUAUGUCUUCUUCCUCCAUGCCAGAGAAAUGCCGUGGAUGAGGGAGGUCAGUUUUGCAGAGCUAAUUUGCAGGGAGUGGCCACACUCACAGGUUCCGGUGAUGGAGAUCAUGUCCCAACCAGAAAGGCUUUUGUUUGUUGUUGAUGGUUUCAAUGACCUGGACUUUGCCUUCAAAGAUGCUGACUUGGGUCUCUGUGAAGACUGGGGAGACAAGCAACCCAUGUCCGUUCUGAUGCACAGUCUGCUGAAGAAAGUCCUGCUCCCUGAGGCCUCCCUGAUGAUCACCGUCAGAGACACGGGCAUAGAAAAGCUCAAAUCCAUGGUCCUGUCACCCCGUUACCUGUUAGUCAGGGGCAUCUCCGUGGAGAAAAGGGUUCAGUUGCUCCUUAAGCACAUGAAGAAUGAGCAUCAGAAGACGAAAGUCUUGAACUCGGUGGUGGACAACCACCCGCUGUUUAACGAGUGCCAGGUCCCCAUCUUGGGGUGGCUCACCUGCGAGGCUCUGAAUCUGCAUGAGGCGUCGGGAAAGAGCCUUCCUCCUUCCUGCCAGACCCUCACGGGCUUGUACACCACCUUUCUGUUCCAUCAUCUCACUCCCCGAGACCCAUCCCAGCGCUGUCUCAGCCGGGAAGAGAGAGCCACCUUGAAGAGCCUGUGCCGCAUGGCAGUGCAGGGAGUGUGGAACAUGAAGUUUGUGUUUUACGGAGAUGACCUGAGUGUUCACGGACUCAGGGAGUCCGAGCUCUCCGCUCUGUUUCACAUGAAUGUCCUCCUCCGAGACCAUGGCCACGAAAGGUGCUACACGUUCCUGCACCCCAGCAUCCAGGAGUUCUGUGCUGCCCUGCACUACGUUCUAGAAGGACUGGAAAUGGAGUGGGAUCCCUACCCUGUGUUCAUGGAGAACAUAAGGAGCUUGAUGGAGCUCAGACAAAUCAGCUCCAAUGCUCACUUGCUCCAGAUGAAGCGUUUCUUGUUUGGCCUCAUGAGCAAAGAGGUGAUGGGGGCCCUGGAAGUCCUGCUUGGAUGUCCAGUCCCCCUGGUGGUGAGGCAGGGGCUUCUGGGCUGGAUCUCCCUGCUGGGUCAGCAGCCCAGCACCCCCUCCCCUCUGGACUUCCUGGACUCCUUCUACUGUCUUUUUGAGACUCAAGAUGAAGACUUUGUUUGCUUGGCAUUGAACAGCUUCCAAGAAGUGUGGCUUCCAAUGAACCGGAGAAUGGAUGUCCUGGUGUCCGCCUUCUGCCUCCGGCAUUGCCAGUAUUUGCGGAAAAUUCGGAUGGAUGUGCAGGAGAGCCUCUCAAAGGAUGAGUUCACUGAGGCACAGCCCCUGAGUCCCCAAGGGAAGCCAGCGAGGCGCCUUGCUGAUGAGUGGUGGGGAGACCUCUGCUUCGUGCUCAGCACCCACCCAAGCCUGCGGCAGCUCGACCUGAGUGGCAGCAUCCUGAGUGAAGGGGCCAUGAAGACCCUCUGUGCCACGCUGAGGCAGCCAACCUGUAAAAUACAGAAUCUGAUAUUUAAAGGUGCACAGGUUACCACCCUUGGUCUUCGUCAUCUCUGGACGACUCUCAUUUCCAACCAUAAUAUUAAAUACCUGAGCUUGGAAAGCACCCACCUGAGGGAAGAAGAUCUCAUGAUGGUGUGCAAAGCGUUAAGACACCCAAACUGUUUGCUGGAGUCUUUGAGGUUGGAUCACUGUGGAUUAACCCCCACCUGUUGCAUGGUGAUCUCCCAAAUCCUUCUUACGUCCAUCAGCCUAAAAUCUCUGAGCCUCGUAGGAAAUAAGAUGACAGCCCAGGGCAUAAAGCCCCUCUGUCAUGCCCUGAUUGCUUCACAGUGCACCCUGCAGAAGCUGAUACUGGGGAACUGUGGCCUCACAGCUGCCGACUGCCAGGACCUGGCCUCAGGCCUCACCAGCGGCCAGAGUUUGACACACCUGUGCCUGUCCAGCAACAGCCUGGGGAGCGCAGGCAUGAAUCUGUUGUGUCGAGCCAUGAAAUCCCCCAACUGUGGGCUACAGAGGCUGAUACUAAAAGAAUGUAACCUGGAUGUCGCUGGCUGUGGCUUUCUUGCAUUUGCACUUAUGGGCAACAGACAUCUGACACACCUGAGCCUCAGCAUGAACGCCUUGGAAGAUGACGGGAUGAACCUUCUGUGUGAGGUCAUGAUGGAGCCAUCUUGUCACCUCCAGGACCUGGAACUGGUUAAGUGUCAUCUCACUGCCACCUGCUGCAAGAAUCUGUCCCAGGUGAUCUCAAGGAGCAAAUACCUGAAGAGCCUGGAUCUUGCCGCCAACGCCCUGGGUGAUCAUGGCAUCGUAGAGCUGUGCGAGGGACUAAAGCACAAGAAGGCUUCUCUGAGGAGGCUUGGGUUGGAGGCAUGUGGACUGACUUCAGACUGCUGUGAGGCACUCGCUUCGGCCCUCCUCUGCAGCCAGCGCCUGACCAGCCUAAAUCUGAUGCGGAACAAUUUCAGCCCUGCAGGAAUGAUGAAGUUAUGUCCAGCCUUUGCACAACCCACAUCUAAUCUACAAAUAAUUGGGCUGUGGAAAUGGCAAUAUCCUCCUCAAAUAAGGAAGCUACUGAAGGAGGUGCAGCUACUCAAGCCACACAUUGUAAUUGGGGAUGGUUGGUAUUCUUUUGAUGAAGAUGACCGGUAUUGGUGGAAAAACUGA